AUGGUAGAUCGUGGUGGUGCAUCGGGUUCUCCCGUUACACACUCCAGACCACGAACCGAUCGUCCUCGAAAAAGGCACCGAAAUAGUAGCAGUGCCUCAAGUCGAGCCAGUUCUCCCGGUUCCCUUUUAGUCAGUGAAAGCAAACGCAAUGGCAGAAACGACGAUUCCCGUAAGCGUGACGAACAGAGGGCGGAAGAAGAUAGGAUUCUUCGUCAGCGGUGGGCGGAAUCUAAACUCCUUGAAGAAGAGGUCGCUCGACGUCUGGAGCGUUAUUUAGACUCUGAGCUAGCAAAACUACUCGUUUUACGCAGAGUACAGUUCAAUGCUGAAGUUGAACGUCGAGUAGAAGCUGAACGAGCCGAAGUCUUGCGUAGAAGAGCCGAGGAGGCUGAGCGCAAAGCUCGAGAGGAGGCGGAGGCUUUAAAGCGACGUGAGGUGAGUUUUUGUGUUUACAUAUUAUUGCACAUGAUCGUCAACGUCUCCAGGCAAGUGUGGACUAUGAGUUAAGCGCAUUGGAUAAUGACCGUUAUGUAAGACGCUAUUUGACAGUUUAUGUGUAAAAAUUGGGCACUGAUAGUAUAUAAUUUCAUAUUAAUGUUUAUUCCAUAUACUACACACUGAAACUGCAUUAUCUACUAGUUGGUGUUUCGAGAACAAUUUAUUACCCAUAACCAGACCCAUUGCAACUAUACAAUGGGAGAGAAGGAAGCUAUCCUAACAAAUUACUUGCCAGUCGAAAUUCUAUUGCUCUAGUCAACGAGCCAUAGCUCCUUGGCACUCAAGUAGUUGCGAUAUCUUUGUACUGAUUUCAAACCCCGUGUUUAACUGGACAUAAGUAAACCCAAUACAAGAGAUUGUCAGUGCAAAUAGCGAUAUCUGUAGAUAUGCAGUCUAUUGACCCAAAUAAUGGUGUUUCCAUCGAUUAGUCUUGGCACAAGGUGCACUCAGUCAAGUUCAACCUACAAAACCAAUUGCUAUCUUAAUGCCUCAGACAUUAAGUGUGGCUCAUGGUAUAAUACACGAAAAGAAUUGCACAGAGUAAGUAGGUUGCACUGUUAAAGCGAUAGGAUAUUUGAUUCACAGUGUAAAAGUGGGCUUAAUCCGUUGAUAUAGAUUUCAAUCUAUUUUCAGCUUUCGUGUGCCUGUUUGUUCACAUCUCGAAGAUUGUAACCAAGAAUCUCUCAGUACCACAUGCGUUCACAACCCUUUAAUAAGUUCAGAAUUUAACUGCACAGAAGGGUAAUAUGAUAUCAUAAAAUGGUGCGUUGGAACUCGCAACAAUUGACACUUACUUUUUAUGGACAAUAAAGUAAGUUCCAACCUGAAUACUAACUGGUGUUUCAUUUGAAUUCAUAUUUUUAAAGUCUAUCAACUUUCAUUCUUUCCCGAAACAGGAAGAAGAAAGGCGAUUAAAAGAGCUGAGUGAACGUCUUGCUCGAGAAAGGGAACGGGAAUUAGAGGAACAAAGACGUUUGGAGGAAGAGGCUGAGCGAAAAAGAUGCGAAGCAGAGCUUCGUGAACUUGAAGAGCGUCAAAGACGAGAGGCAGAGGAGCUUCAGCGGAUUAAACGAGAACAAGAAAUUAUUCUGAACAAAAAACGGAUUCGACCGAAACUUUCAUUUACACUGAAAAAAUGAUGGUUAUAAUUUCAUUUAUUUUCUUUUCUAUUUAUUUUUAUUUUUUCUUAUUUUAAUUACCUAAAUGAUUGUCUUUAUGACUUAAAAUAUAUACUCAAAUGAGUGUAGGUAAUCAAUUAUCCUUUCAUUUUAUUUGUUUUAUCUGCACUUAUUUUGGAAAGAUGUAAUUAGUUUAUCAGGCACACUUAUUUAUUUGUGUAUAUUUAAUGUGUCCCCUUACCCACUUAUUUUAUUUCUUUGUGCCUGUGUGAACUACUUUUAUUCCACUUAAUUUGUUCUAUGUUUAUAAGUGGUGCAUUGUUUGUAUAUAGAUUUAUUUUAGUGGAUGAAUAAAUUAGUGAAAAAUAAUCAUCAGUAAUGUGGCAUAAAUUUUCGUGCGGUUUAUGCGGUCACUGUAUGUAUGGCUUUGUUUAGACAUGUGUGUAUAUGCUGUGUAGGAGAGGUGGUUGGUUCAUUAGCUUCAGCACUCUACCUCCAACUAAUAUGUCCGGAGGUGGUUGAAUCUCACUUCACCUACUUCAGCCUGAGCAACUGUGUAGUGUAUCAUUAACCCCCAAGUAUUAUGUGUGGCUGAUAGCCCAUUCAUUACAGCGUGACUGGCCUCACACAAUAAAUGAAAUGAAGCGACAAACUAUUAUUGAAACUCACUGCGUGCUCGUAAAAAUGAUUCCAAGAAAUAGUGAUACAUCAAGCAACUUAUGCCCUUCCAACCUUAACUUUAUUUUUAUACUUAGUUUCCUGUAUUUUACCUUUGCUCACCUUGACUUCUUAACCUUCGACAGCCUUUCGCCUUUGUUUGGAUUCCAAGCCUAUCUGUGUCGUUUCGAGAUGUUAGUGAGUAACCCUCAAAAUGGCUGUCCCCAAUGUGACAUCUAACACAGAUAUCCUGAAACCGCGUGCCGCGUUCAAGCUGGCCACCUACAAUGUUCGGACGCUGAUGCAAAUCGGACAACAGGCAGGGUUGGUAAGAACGUUGGAAAGCCUCGCUAUCGAUGUCUGCUGCAUUUCGGAGACUCGCAUUCAAGAUCCCAGUGAAGUGCUUCGAUUAUCCUCUCCAUCUGGAAGUUCUAGUAGUAUGUACCACCUGCGCUUGUCCGGGGACCCUGUGGCGUCGGCAUCCGGCGUAGCUGGUGUCGGCGUCGCACUGAGCGCUAGAGCCGAAGCUGCACUGCUCGACUGGAUUCCCAUUAACAGUCGUUUAUGUGCUGUGAGGCUGGAAGGUUAUACGAAAGUAAGGAGUAGUAGGCCAGAUAGGCGGUGUCUAUUUGUUGUCUCUGCCUAUGCACCAACGGAUUGCAGCCCGGAUGCAAUGAAGGACGAGUUCUACCACCAACUUAACGAUCUCUUGAGACAGGCGGGUCGGAGGGAUAUCGUAGUGCUGGCUGGGGACUUGAAUGCACAGGUCGGGCGUCUGAGCUCAGAGGAGAAUCGUCUAGGUGGUCAAUGGGGACUACAUGGUCGCAGGUCAGAUAAUGGGGACCGUCUUCUGCAGCUUUGCGCGGAUCACAACCUAUUUCUGGCCAGCACCAACUUCCGGCACAACCAUCGCCGUAGCGCUACCUGGCGUCCUCCCUCUGCGAACCAAGCUUGGACUCAGAUCGAUCACAUUGCUGUCAGUUUCCGGUUGCGAGGAUGCAUACAAGACUGUCGCUCCUUCUGGAGCACAUGCCUGGACUCCGAUCAUGCGUUAGUGUGUGCCAAGUUCGUCUUGCGAUUUGGUGGGGUUCAUAAAAGGCGUCGUCUAAACGUUGAUGUGAGCAAACUAGUAGCACCUGCUACUUGUUUGAAAUAUCAGAAUGAGUUACAAUCAAUGCUUGCCAGCAACCCCCCAAGUAGUAUAGAUGAACAUUGGCUCCAUCUGCAAGGUGCCAUGCAAAGAGCUAGUGUAGCCGCUUGCGGCUUGAAAGAAUGCUCCGCCAAAAACCACUGGGUUUCUGCGAGUUCCUUGCAACUCCUGGAUGAACGCCGGUCCAUUCCGGCUGGCAGCGAAUACAGCAAUAAGCGAAAGGCGCUGACGCGCAAGAUAAGAAAGUGUUUACGUAAGGACCGCGAGGCCUGGUGGUCAGAACGUGCGGGUGAGAUGGAGGUAGCUGCUGCAUCUGGCAACAGUCGGAAGCUGUUCCAACUCAUCCGAGCCACCGGCAGCAAGAAACAAGGUGUCAGCGAGACGGUCUGUGAGGCAGAUGGCACGCCAAUUACCAGUUUGAAAAGACGCCUGGAACGCUGGGCAGAGCACUUCGGGAAACAGUUUAGCUGGCCACCAGCUUCAAUGUCUGCUGUCAUUAGCCCCAGUGCUCCUUGGUCGGUUAAUACCGACCCACCCACCGAAGCGGAGGUCCGUAAGGAACUCCAAGUGUUAAAACGCCAUAAGGCGCCCGGCCCAGACAAUUUACCCCCGGCUCUUUUUAAAGAUGGUGGCGAGACUCUCA